AUGGUUUCCCCACAUGACCUCCCCACAGGCACCCCAGGGAUCCAGAGGCCCUAUCCUGUGCAGCAGCAAGGAUCAGUCACCCAAAUGCCCUGGCCCCCUCUCAGCUGGCUCCCAGACAGACCCUUCAGUUUCCUUAUCUCACUCAAGAAAAGGAGGAAGUUCUCCAAGUGACUCACCAUUAUUCAGGCAGUUAAGUCUCUUUCAACUUCUUCUCUGACUUCACUAGGGAGAAUGUGGAGCCACUUGAUAAAACUCUCCUCUUCAGAAUGUCCUUCACCCACAUUGUCCUCAGAAACCAGUGUGGCCACGAAGGGUCAAAAUGUAUCCCUGAUGUGCUCCAUCAAGCCAAUAUCUCGAAAAACCAAAUACUCUUUGUUUCUGCAUGAUAAAUAUGUGAAAAGUGAAGCUACACAAAGUGAAUUCAUGAUUUUUAACAUAAGCAUCUCAAAAGCUAAUGAUUUGGGCCCCUACAAAUGCAAAGUCCACAUUAAGAACUGCUCAAAUGCCAAAUACAGUGGUGUGUUCAAUUUCACAUUUGAAGGUGGGGGCAGCUGUGCUCUCUGCCUGCAGCUACUGCUUCCAGGGUUCCUUCUGGUGCUGACAGGAAUAGUCCUUAUGCUGGCAUGUUGGAUACUACCAAAAUACAAAGCAAGAAAAGCUUUGAGAGCGAAUGUGCCCAGGGACUACAAAGAAACAACCAAGGAAUUUACAGAAUAUGCAACUAUCUGUGAAAAACAAACAGGUACCCACCAAUCUCAGGAGCUACACUACGCUACCCCUAUGUUCCAGACGGUGGCAUUAGGAAAGCAUGGUGAGCCACAGCUGUUGACAUGA